UCCUACUACGGGAUGCCCAACCUGGCCACCCUCAUCCCCAACGUGCAGCAGGUCCAGUACUCGCAGGGGGAGCGGACGAGCCCCGGCGCCAGCAGCAUUCCCACCACUGACAGCCCCACCUCCUACCCACAGGAGGACGAGGAGGACGACGAGGCUUACGACACCAUGGUGGAGGAGCAGUACGGGCAGAUGUACAUCAAGUCCUCAGGAGGCUACGCUGUUGCUCAAGAGAAGCCAGAACAGAUCCCGCUGGAGAACCGCUCCUGUGUCCUCAUACGUCGGGAUCUAGUUGCUCUCCCAGCCAGUCUUAUCAGUCAAAUCGGAUACCGCUGCCACCCAAAACUCUACUCGGAAGGAGAUCCUGGAGAAAAACUUGAGCUGGUUGCAGGCUCAGGUGUUUACAUCACCCGGGGGCAGCUGAUGAAUUGCCACUUAUGUGCUGGUGUCAAACACAAGGUCCUUCUGAGACGUCUUCUGGCCACCUUCUUUGAUCGGAACACGCUUGCCAACAGCUGCGGAACUGGAAUCCGGUCCUCCACGAGCGAUCCCAGCAGGAAGCCCCUGGACAGCAGGGUUCUGAACGCAGUCAAAUUGUAUUGUCAGAAUUUUGCCCCGAGCUUUAAGGAAAGCGAGAUGAAUGUGAUAGCGGCCGAUAUGUGCACCAACGCCCGCCGGGUCCGCAAGCGCUGGCUGCCGAAGAUUAAGUCCAUGCUGCCGGAGGGGAUGGAGAUGUACCGCACGGUCAUGGGCUCCACCACAAACAGUGUCCCCCUGGAUCCCGAAUUCCAGCCCAACACUGCUCAGGUCUUUGAGCAGCGAAUCUAUGCAGAAAGGAGGAGCGAUUCAGGAACUAUAGUAGCCUUGAGAACUAACACGGUGAACGUGGAGCUAAGCAACGGAUCCAACCAGUCCUUCGAACAGAGUGAGGGAUGUACCCCCAACACUGCUCAGGUCUUUGAGCAGCGAAUCUAUGCAGAAAGGAGGAGCGAUUCAGGAACUAUAGUAGCCUUGAGAACUAACACGGUGAACGUGGAGCUAAGCAACGGAUCCAACCAGUCCUUCGAACAGA